ACGCCACGCAGAGAAAGCGAGUUUUCGGAUCGCCAUAAUAGCGCCAUAGCGGUGUGUACAUAGUCCCGCUCGUUCGUCGUUCGUGACGGGACGCUUACCGACGCUCGGCGUCGUUUCGUGGGAUUUCGAUUAAUGAGUGACAUACUCCAAUCGAAAUAGGCAUUUUCGUCGUAAUUGUUCUCACGGUACGUCACGCUACCAUUAUACAACGUUCGUGAAGAACGGCGAUUUGGAACGCGUGUGUGCUUUGCGAGGUGUGUGAACGGACGAUAGUCAAACAUGGAGAACAGGCCGGCGCCGCUCAGGUCCAGGCGGGUCUGUCGAUUUUGCCUAACCGAAACUGAACCACUUUCUUUUAUCUAUGAAAGAGACCAUAGUAAACCGUUCCAAGUACCACUUACACUGCAGAUCAUGUCGUGCGUCGCCAUCGAGGUGUAUGCAGCUGAUGGAAUGCCACAAAUGAUAUGCAGUAUGUGUCGUUGGAAUUUGGACAGAUCUUAUAAAUUUAAGCUUCAGUGCAAAAAAGCAGAUGAAGCGUUGAGAGCUUAUCCAUUGUCUGGUGUCUUACCGAGACCAUUUCCACCAAUUUCAAAUGAUCCUCCCGAUAUGAACAAUAAACGACCUUUGGAGCAAAGAUCUCAAAACGAAGGAAAUAAAAAGCCUCGAGUUGAUAGUUGUGAUAGGGAGAGACGAGAAACACGAGAAAGGGAUAGAGAAAGGGAAAGGGAUAGGGAUCGAGAAAGAGAAAGGGAAAGGGAAAAAGAAAGAGAAAGAGAUAGGGAACGUGAAAGAGAUAGGGACCGUGACAGAGAAAGGGAAAGAGAAAGAGAUAGGGAACGUGAAAGAGACAGACAAGUAGAAAAACAAAGAGACAAGGAAGAACAGCACGACUUUUAUGAGGAGGAACAAGAUGCUGGCAGUGAAGGAGAGCAAGAUACAAAUAGUACUAAAGAAGAGCGAAAGUUAGAGCCAGGUGAGAUAAGAGUACAUUCAUGUGAUCAAUGUGAACGUACUUUUCCACUACGACAGGCUCUUGCUUUGCACAUUCAACGAGCUCAUCGUGAUCGUAAUUAUAAAUGUACAGAGUGUGAUCGUAUGUUCUUUUCUAAAUAUGAUCUUGGGAAACAUAUGACUACUCAUUCAGAAGAGAAACCAUACUCUUGCCCCGUAUGUAACAAACAAUUUUCAAGGGCAAAUUUGUUACAACGUCAUGAAAAAGUUCAUAGAGAUGAAUUGCGUUAUGGUUGUCAGCAUUGUGAUCGCGAAUUCUUUUCAACCGAAGAAUUAGACAAGCAUGAGGAUUCCGUACAUAAAAAGGAGAAACCUUUCCAAUGUAACAUUUGCAACAAACGUUUCACGUACAAACAAGGUUUAGAACGUCAUGAGGUACUACAUAACGAAGAUAAGACUUUUGUUUGCGAAUAUUGUAAGGAAGCGUUCCGUACAAGUACGAAGCUAGCUCGUCAUUUAUCGACGCAUGCUGGACAUCGACCAUAUUUAUGUAAACUAUGCCCUAGAUCAUUUCUGCUAUCUCAUCAUUUAACUAGACACAUGCGAACACAUUCUGUAGAAAAACGCCAUGUUUGCGAAGAUUGCGGUAAAGCAUUCAAGCGUAAAGAGAGUUUGGAGGUACAUCAGUUAACGCACACAAAACGCACAGGUAUGGGAUUAACAUGUGAUGUCUGCCAGGAAUCAUGCAGAAAUAGGGCAGAUUAUGUCACACAUAUAAAACAACAUAUUGAAGCAGGUGAAAAAAUGGGACCAGAUGGAUUGCAACCAGACAAUAAAACUAAACUUGAUUUGGAUUCUGACGAAGACGAAGAAGAAGAACAAUAUUCGGAUGGAGAUGAUGAUUACGAGCCACCAGCAUAUAUUGUGAAAAAGCUCCCAAAACCACUUAAGCCCUCAGAAAGCGAAGAGGAACAAGAAAGAUCAGAAAAGGAGGAAAAUCAAAAAGAACAAGUUGUGUACGUACGGCAUAAAGAUGGAAAUAUGAUUAAAAAGACAAUUAAAACUUUGAUGCCUAUUCAACGCAGAGAGGUACAAGACAGCAAGAUAAAACAAAGUCCAGCUACCAACCAAUCUCAAUCAGCUACAAAACCUCCACAGUCUAAACAAAAUGAAGAACCUUCAAAGUCUUCCCGCGUUGAUGAAACAGAAGCACAAGUUCAAAAAAUUGUUGCAUCUGUGUUUAAGGAGCAUAAGAUACCUCUGAAACAUCAAAAUGUUCAAGAACAAAAUAAAGAACCAUCUACGCCUACAAAUCAAUUAAGACCUCAACAAGGACAAAGUAGUUCACAAAAUCAAAUUUCUACGAAAGACGAAAAACCUGAUAUUCCUAUAGCGGUUAGUAGUACACCAAAAGCUUUAAACACUGUUAAAGUAAUAAAGAGAAUCGUUGUAAGAAAACCCGGCAAUACUGAGACUAGUACAUCUACAGUAAAAGAUGAAGACGCAACAGGUAGCACUUCUCAAACAUCUAGUACAGGUCACAAAGUAACGAAAAGAGUAAUUGUUCGUAGAAUUAUUCGUCAGGGAGAUACUACCCGAGAAGUUAUUAUGAAUCCCGAUGGUACGAUAAUCGAUCCGGCAGAAUUAGCAAAGCUACCAACUGGUAACGUUGUAAAGAGAGUUGUCGUAAAGAAGCCACUUGAUAAACACCAAAGUUUGGUUCAAGCGGUGUUGCAGUCAACUACGGAUAUUCGGCAACCAACUACUACAAUAAAAAAUAACGAUACAGUACUAAGCGAAUCCCCGAAAUUUGAAUUAAAAACAUCUCAGUCUAUAAAUGCAUCGUCAUCGGUAACAAAAACAACUGUAUCUCCUGCAUCGAAACCUGCAUUAACUGUAGGAGAUCAAGAAACGAAAGAAAAAUUAGAACAGCUGGAAAAGAGAGUCGAACAACAGCGCUUAAAGAUUGAAGAAUUAGAGGCUCGUAAGCAACAAGAAUAUGAACCUAUUGAAGAAAUGUCUCCUGAACGUCACGAUGAAUCCGAUGAUGAACAGCAAUUACCAUUAAAAAGAGUGUUUGUAAAGAAAAAGCAAAGUAUGUACGACGAAGAACAAGAAUAUAAUGACAAUGAUGUAGCAAUAACUUCUGUAACAACCUCUGCAACAACUCCUGCAACGACUCCAAUAACAACAAUGAAAAUAGAUGAUACUCAGCCUGAACCAGAAAAGGAGAAAGAAAAAGGUAAAUCUGAGGUACAAGUAGAAAAUAUAUCAAAGGAUAUUACGGUAACGCCGAAACUAGCUACUACAACAGUUGUAUCAAUACCAACAACGACAACAGCAGUAGCAAUACCAGCGAUGACAACAGCCAUAGCAAUACCAACAACUGUUAACACUAGAAGAGAAAGUAAACCACUGAUAACCAGUUCCAAAGUCUAUGGAAAUAAAAAGAUUAUUGUUAUAAAAACAGAAGAAACAUCGGAAGUGGAAGAAAUGAGUCGGGAAUUGUGUAGUAUAUUAGAUUCAGCUGAUUCUGUAGUCAAGAUGCAAGAAACAGUUUUAAGUAACCUCAGUCAAAUAUCUUCUAUUGGAGAAUGUUCUCAGAAGAACUAUAAUGAUAAAUCAACAGCUGGACCAUCUAUCUCCGAGGAUUAUUCAGAGAAAGAAGAAGCUGUUGUCGAAACUACUUCUCAGGAUCAAGAAGUAGAUAUUAAGUUAGAAAAUACUGUACCCAUGGAUGUGUCCGAUCCCCAAGAAUCUGAUAUUAAAAUGGAACCAGUAUCUGAAGAACAAGUAAUAGAACAACCUGAACAAAAUUCAAAUUUGGCUUUAGACGAACAAGAUCUUUCAGAAUCAACAGAUAUUUUUGAGCCAUCGGAUAAUGUAUUAGAGGUACAAAAGAGUCAAUUGGAUGACUCCGUAAUAGAACUCGAGCAUGGAAGUCAUGCAAUCAGUUUAAACGACACUAAUGAUAGUCAAGAUAGUCUCGAAGACAAACUUCAACAAAUGGAAGGUUGAAUUUUCUAUUAGGAAAUAACGACGAAACGCGCUUUGAUUUAAAAUUCAUAUAUCCAUUAUUUUCUCAACCGAUAUCGACAUUUUAAAUCAUAAUUUUAUACAUUGAAAAUUCAAUCCUUAUACAUCUGUAAUAAAUACGGAUAAACAUUUUAAUCAUUAGAUUCGUCGAUCUAUCAUAUAAAUUUAAAAACUAAUCAAUGUAUAUCUUUCAAAUUUCUUUAUUUCUUCUUUUCUUUUAUUUUCUGUAUGGCAAUUAUAACAUUAUGUCUACAAUUGUGAACGAUACCAAUAACAUCUAAAAAUAAGUUAAUGCCUAGUAAUUAUAAUUUUCAUAUAAGAACGUAAAUUUAGCUAAUGAAAAAAGUAUGUUUAUUUCUAUGUUGUGCACUUAUUAUACAAAUUUUUUUAUCUUUACUAAUGUGAAAAUAUAUUAAAGAAAUAUUAAAAAAAUGAGAUGAUCGUCGUUGUAAAUUUAAGCUUUCAUUCUAGAAAAUCUGUCUUAUAAACUGGUAUUUGUGCAUGCAAAUAUUAAACAUAAGGCAUUUUUGUGUAUAUAUGUCAACAGUAAUACUGUAUUGGGAUUUUUUAUUUGUUUCAAUUAUAGGUAAAAUUGUCCCAUUUUAAUGAUAUAUUACAUUUUUUUACCAUUGUUAUACACAUGAUUCCAACCUUUGGGAAUUUACAAGGUACUUUAAAGGAUUAAAUUUACUGUAAUAUUUAAUCACAUUAUGCUAAUUUUGUCAAGCUAGAAUGGAAAGAUACAUAGAUUAUUCAAUAUUCUAUAAACAUUUCAAACUAUGUAUCAAAUACAAAGUAUGCUGUGUAAAUGUAAAAUUAAAAGUGUUGCUUAUUUUUUUACCUUCAUCGCACAUAUACAUAGUACAAACAACAAAUGUCAUUGUACUUUCAUACAAAAUAUUUACACUUUAUUUCAUACAAUUGGUUAUAGCACAUACUUAGAUAUGCAUGGAUUUCAUUAUUAAUAUGUUUAAACAUGAUUAAAUAUGUGACAUAUUAUUCCAAUUAUAUUUUAAUAUGCAAUCUAUAACAAAAUUACAUGUAUCUUAUGAGUUUAAAAAAUACAAUAGAUAUAAAAUAUAGGAAUACGAAGAAUGA